GUCUUAAGCGGAUAGAUGAAUAAGCAUCAUCAAUAUCAAUCUUCUCUUUCGAGACCAACUGUUCCCUAAGAUCGCUUUCCUGAAAACUAUCAUGAACCUCAACCCAAAAGUCCAUAUACUUGCUAUCUCACUUCUAAUAUAAAAAUAAAAAACAUACCAAACUCUACCGAUAAAAGCCCCAAACCCCUAAAACCUACAACUCCCGAAGUAAUUUUUUGCCGCGCCUGAACCCUUAAACCCUCAUCGCGAAAGCUCACCGGCGCCGUUUCAUCUCCAAAACCACUGAUUCCCCAAUGGCCUCCGACGAACAAGACGGCGAGGUGAAGACCUUCAAGAGCUUGGGGCUCUGCGACAAAUUGGUCGAGGCAGUAGCCAAGCUGAACUGGCAAAACCCUACCCCUAUUCAAGUCGAAGCAAUCCCUCAUGCCCUAGAAGGAAAGGACUUGAUUGGACUUGCCCAAACCGGGUCGGGUAAAACCGCAGCUUUCGCCCUUCCGAUAUUGCAAGCUCUGAUUGAUUCUCCCCAUGCAUUUUUCGCUUGUGUUUUGGCCCCAACUAGGGAGCUUGCAAUUCAGAUAUCGGAGCAGUUUGAAGCUUUGGGGUAUGAGUUUGGUGCCAAGUCAGCAGUGCUUGUUGGAGGAGUGGACAUGGUCCAACAGACUGUUAUGCUUGCAAAGCAGCCACACAUUAUUGUUGCUACACCUGGACGCCUCAUGGAUCAUGUAUCGAACACAAAAGGAUUUUCUCUUCGCGCAUUGAAGUAUUUGGUUUUAGAUGAGGCGGACAGAUUGCUUAAUGAGGACUUUGAAAAGACACUUGAUGACAUUCUGAAAGUCAUUCCUCGUGAACGGAGAACAUAUUUGUUUUCUGCUACCAUGACUAAAAAGGUCAAGAAGCUGCAAAGGGCUUGUCUAAGGAACCCUGUGAAGAUUGAAGUAGCAUCUAAAUAUUCUACCGUUGACACGCUAAAGCAGCAGUAUCGUUUUAUACCAGCCCCGCACAAGGACUGCUAUCUCGUAUAUAUUCUGACCGAGAAGUCUCAAUGUACAACUAUGGUCUUUACUCGUACAUGUGAUGCAACACUCCUAUUGGCUUCAAUGCUUCGAAAUCUUGGCAUAAGAGCCACCCCUAUUAGUGGUCAUAUGAGCCAGUCAAAAAGACUCGGUGCCUUAAAUAUGUUUAAAGCUGGACAGUGUAAUGUACUUAUCUGCACUGAUGUGGCAAGUAGAGGAUUGGAUAUCCCAUCAGUGGAUAUGGUUAUUAAUUAUGAUAUUCCCUCAAAUUCUAAGGAUUAUAUUCAUCGAGUGGGAAGAACUGCUCGUGCUGGACGGUCUGGGGUUGCAAUCUCGUUAGUGAAUCAGUAUGAGUUGGAGUGGUAUAUACAAAUAGAAAAGCUUAUCGGCAAGAAGUUACCUGAGUUUCCUGCUCAAGAAGAGGAGGUCCUUCAAUUUCUAGAACGUGUCACAGAGGCCAAAAGAUUGGCCACCUCGAAAUUAAAAGAAGGGGGAAGCAAAAAGAGGAAGGGGAGAGGAAACGAAGGUGAGGACGAUGUGGACAUGGAAAAGUUUCUAGGUCACAAGGAUGGCAAGUCCAAAAAAUUCAGAAAAAGAUGAGGUUGCUUGCAACUGUUCCAAAUUUUGACAAAAUGGGAUUUUCAUUUCUGUUGUAUACCAUCUUACCUUUGUGUAUCUGAAGAAGUACAAUGAUUAUCUUUUUGACAUUUGUUUAUUUAAACAGAAAAGUGGAUGGUUAAUUUUUC